AUGGCUGAAGCAAUUGUUUCUUUGGUCUUGAAGCAACUGGGUUCAGUUCUUUCUGAGCAGGCGUCUGGCUGCAUCGGAAAACAAGUGAGCCUUGUUUGGGAUGUUGACGAAGAAGUAGAGAAACUUACGCACAACCUUGAAGCCAUUCAAGCUGUGCUAUUUGAUGCAGAGCAAAAACAAAUAAAGAAUGCAGCUGUGAGACUGUGGUUACAUCGUCUCAAAGACGUAUGCUAUGACGUGGACGAUGUGCUGGAUGAGUGGAAUACUGCAAUCUUGAAAUUGCGAAUUGAGGGGGUCAUGAUCAUAAUGCUAUUGCUCCGAAGAAGAAGGGAUGGGGGAAUAGGAAAAACAACUCUUGCCCAAUUUGCUUAUAAUAACAAUGAGGUGGAGAACAAAUUUGAUAAAAAAAUCUGGGUGUGUGUAUCAGAACCUUUCGAUGAGAUUAGGAUUGCCAAAGCGAUCAUUCAAUCUCUCAAAAAUAAUACUCCUAAUGUAGCAGAAUUAGAAUAUCUUCUUCAAUGUAUUCGUGACUCUGUUAAGACUAAAAAAUUUUUGCUUAUUUUGGAUGAUGUGUGGACUGAAAAUAACAAGAAAUGGGAACCAUUCUAUAAUUGUCUAAAGAAUGGUCUUCAUGGGAGUAAAAUUUUAAUUACCACACGUAAAGAGUCAGUUGCACGUAUAAUGAAAUCAAAUGAUAUCAUAAAUGUUGGUGAAUUGUCUAAUGAGGAGAAUUGGUUAUUGUUUGAAAAGCUAGCACUUUCUGAAAGACUUCCUGAAGAGUAUAAAAAUUUAGAAGAAAUUGGUAGGAAAAUAGUUAGGAAGUGCAAGGGGUUACCUCUUGCUGUAAAAACUAUUGGGAGUCUCUUGCAGUUUAAAAAAUCUAAAGAGCAGUGGCAACAUGUGUUAGAUAGUGAAAUGUGGAAGUUUGAAGAUACUGAAAAAGGUCUUUUAACCCCUUUGAUGUUGAGUUAUAAUGAUUUAACUCUAAUGGUAAAACGGUGUUUUGUAUGUUGCUCUAUAUAUCCAAAAGAUUAUAAUAUCGAUAAACGUACAAUAGUUGAUUUAUGGAUGGCUCAGGGUUAUCUUAGGAAAGAAAAAAAUGAUGAGAAUGAGAAUAUAACUGGUGAAGAAUAUUUGGACUAUUUAGUGACAAGAUCUCUCUUACAAAAGCACAAAUCAUUUUCUGAUUCGUACAUGAUGCAUGAUAUAGUACACGACUUUGCACAAUUUUUGGGUGAUAAAGAGUGCUCAUCAAUAGAAGUCUAUGGCGACGAAGACUCACUUAAAAACUCUCCUAGGGACAAACGUGGAUUGCCUCAUAACAUUACCUCAGGGGAUUGGAAAAUUAGUAAAUUUGAGGCGUUUGGAAUAUAA